AAUAACCCACAUUGAAGAACUGUGCACAGUUUUAUGCGUAAUUCACAAAAUGGCGAGCAGCAGACGUAGUUGGUGAUUCACCCGUCCUGAUAUUUUUAGUCUGUAAAUCUUCCUCUUACAGCCAUACCUACGGAGUCUCUUUCCAUUUCUACGGUCACUCCCGACCAUGGCCACAAUGACGAGUGCAAAAUCCAACUCAGAAUUUAUGGUCGGUGGGAAAUUCAAGCUUGUGAGGAAAAUUGGCAGCGGAUCGUUCGGCGAUAUUUAUUUGGGCAUCAACAUCACAAAUGGAGAGGAGGUUGCGGUUAAACUAGAGUCACAAAAAGCAAGACAUCCCCAGCUUCUAUAUGAAAGCAAACUUUACAAAAUACUGCAAGGAGGUACUGGUAUCCCGCACAUAAGGUGGUUUGGCACAGAAAAAGACUACAAUGUCCUAGUUUUGGACCUACUAGGUCCCAGCUUGGAGGACCUCUUUAACUUCUGCAGUCGCAGGUUUACGAUGAAGACUGUUCUGAUGUUAGCAGACCAGAUGAUCAGUCGUAUCGAGUAUGUCCACAUGAAGAAUUUCAUCCACAGGGAUAUCAAGCCAGAUAACUUCCUCAUGGGUAUUGGCAGACACUGCAAUCAGCUCUUUGUGAUAGACUUUGGGCUUGCCAAGAAGUACCGGGACGGACGAACAAAAGUACACAUCCAAUACAGAGAAGAUAAAAACCUAACAGGGACCGCCCGAUAUGCCAGCAUUAAUGCCCAUCUUGGUAUCGAACAAAGUCGGCGAGACGACAUGGAGUCGCUAGGUUACGUCCUGAUGUACUUCAAUAGGACCAGUCUACCGUGGCAAGGUCUUAAAGCUGCAACCAAGAAGCAGAAAUAUGAGAAGAUUAGCGAGAAGAAGAUGUCUACACCCGUAGAGGUGCUCUGCAAGGGCUUCCCUGCAGAAUUCGCCAUGUACCUUAACUAUGCACGUGGACUGCGAUUUGACGAGGGACCUGACUACAUGUACCUGCGGCAACUGUUCCGUAUCUUAUUCCGCACCUUAAACCACCAAUAUGACUACACCUUUGACUGGACCAUGCUGAAACAGAAAGCGUCAUCGCAAGUCACGUCCCAGGGGAAUGUUGGCACUGCAGCGGGCACCAAGCACACUGAAAGCAAAACUAAGAGUAAACGUUGAAGGGUGUCUUUGCUUGUCCUUAUUUUACGGCAUUUUUUUUCUCUCUACUUCGGCACACUGUGAAGACUUAAGUUUACGAAAGAGCUACUUACUUAGCUUGAUCACUCAACCUGUCUCACGUGUCUUAAACUGGGGAGAUGAUCCCUUGUAGACAAUAUGGUCACAUGGAAGUAAUGCACAUUUUGAUUUGGAUUCCACCCACCAUAGUGACCGUCUUUUACCGUCUUCAAAGACGCAUUUUUUUCUGCAUCCCGACGGAUUCUCAGUGGUUUCAAAUUUUAAGAUCCAACAGGGUAGAUCAGGUAGCCCCAAAGUUCUUAAAAACAAAUGAAAAUGAAGUCAAAUGAGCACAACCAAUUGAAUCCGUUGGUGUCAGAAAUUAUGCAUUGUCUUGUGUUUUGUUUACGUAUAAAUAUAAAAUGUUAAUAUUAUAUAUACUGAAACAAUGUACAUGUAAGUCUUCAAGUAAUCUUUGUAAUAAUGAGUAGGGCUUUUCAUAAUGUACAAACUUUUAACAGGUCUCAUUUUCAGUCACGGUAGAUGUUUCAGUGAAAAUUUAAAAAAGAUUUCAGAUCUUAUUUUUUUCAUGAAAUAUGUUGAUUCGCAUGCCACAAAUAUUAGAGAAAAUAAAGCACAACAGAGGCUUGUAAGCUUAGUAGUCUGAUCUACUAAGAUGACUUUCCAGGUCUGUUUUUAAAUAAAUUUUAAGAUUUUACAUCCUCAGACUUUGACCUGAUGUGGGUAUUGUCUCUCUUUGUUUCUUUAGAACAAUGAGUUAGCCCAAUAUCUCUGCAUGUCAUAAACGUUUUUAUAGGUUUUCCGUUGCGUUUUGAUAUUGGAAUUCAAGCGACACUGUACAAUGAAAGGUGCAUCCAACGUUCAUUUGGCUUAUAAACAUUUUAUCUGAAUCGAUGAGAUGCCACUUAUACAAGUGUAGUUUACUAACAGCUCACCCAUUUUUCAUACAGAUAUUGAGAGAGAAAGCGAUAAUAUAGAGAAGUAGUCAUCUUCUCAAUGGAAAAGCUUGAAUGUGCAUUAAUAUUUUGUGGCAUUGAUAAUUUAAUAUGCGAAUACCUUCCUUGUAAAUAAUCCAUAAUCAGUGUAUUUAUAAACAGUAUGAUGAGCACCACAAAUAGUAAAUUAUUUGUGUUAUUUCCUUUCCUGUUUAUUUUUUUUUUUCGAUUUUUGUUCUACAAAAUCACUUCCAAUUUUUGAUAAUAUCUUCAGCCUCGAUUGUUUUCUGUAUCUAAAGGCACUGCUGUACGACUUGCUACAAAUAUUGUAUCAUGCUCUUUUGCAUUUUCGCUGUAUUUAGCUUUGUGGGUGAGGGGCAUUUUGCAUGGAUGAGGUGUGGUCACCUCUCUGAGCAAAGGGUGCUCCUGUUUUGAGAAUCAGUAGCUUUUGCGGCAACUUCUUGGAGGGGCAUUAGGUUCAAGAUCGGGGCAACAGGAACUGGUCACCCUGCCCGCCUUGAAACUUUACGUUGAUACUCAUAGUAUAUUAUAAUUGCAAAUAGUAAAGGAGAUUUGAUGUGUUCCAACAGCGGAUAGGAACAUUUCUAUGAUGAACUUGUUAGGUUACUUAUGUGAGUUGAUUAAUGUUAUUUGCAACAGAUAUUAAUUUAUUGAUGAAUCAUGCAAAUGUGAUAAAUGAUGAUUUUAUUUUCUUCAAUUGUUUGCAUGGAUUGACUGAUACAAUACAGGAGGCUGAAUUGCUCAAACAUUCAGCGUUACUAAUAACUUUGUGCAGCAUAUUUUUUAUCUUGUGUCGUCGUUAUAAUGUAUACACUUUUAAUUUCUUUGAUUCAUCUUUGUUUAGUUAUUAUUUUUCUCUUAAGAAGUAGACAUGUCAUAAUAUAAAACAAGAUCUUUUGUUCUCUUUUUAAAGUGAAAACUUGUUUUUAAAUGGAGAGAUUUUUAAGAGCAUAUUGAAGAGGUUGUUGAGCUUUAGUUAGCGGAAUAGUACACUCAGUCCAAUUCCUGUAGCUCUGAAGAAGUAGUUGGUGGUUUUUUUGUACCAACACAUUAAAGGAGCACUCUGCACCCCCUUUAAACUAGUUUUAUUGUUCAGACAACCAUGACCGCUUUCUAUCGUGAGGUGCUUGACAUUAGUUAAGGGUAAACUUUAUUAGAUGUCCUUUAUGUUAUUUAUCACUUCUCUAUUAUAAAACCUUAUUUAUGUCAGUUGCAAGUGAAUGGCUUUUUUUGUCUCUGUUUAUUUAUACCUUUUCUGAGUUUUUUUCUGUCUUAUUUUCUCUGUAUGUGUGUGUGUGUGUGUGUGCUACUGUCAUAGGUUUUUGAUGGCUGCAAAGAUGAUUUGAUUGGCAUGUGUAAAUACAAAGUAAACAAACCAUCCAUACGGACAAAUCCUCAAGUUUUAACCAAGUAAAAUACAAACUCCUAAAUUUUUCAAAUGUUUUUACUUUCGUAGAUGCUUUUUUUCAGUUGAAGCUGUUUAAAUAUUUUCAUCAGCAUGAUUCCUGUUUUCGAUAAUGAAUCUUCUUGUUUUUUUGUAAGGGGAGGGGGGUUUGUUGAUUUGCACAUACAAGGAUUUUCUUAAUAUGGAGUAAGUUUUGUUGAUAAAUGUGAAAUAAAAGUAAUCCUGAAAAGGUGUUUAAAAAAAUAUU